AUGUCAGGGUGGGAGUCUUAUUACAAAAACGAGGGAGAUGAAGAAGAGGAAGAACAAGAUGAGGGCACUGAAGCAGGCGGUAAGCAUUGCAUCCUGAAUGUGUACACCAACAAGAUCAUAAGCAGCGAUCGGGAUCUCUUGGCCGUGGUAUUCUUUGGUACUGGGAAAGAGAAAAAUUCCGUGAAUUUCAAAAAUAUUUAUGUUUUACAGGAGUUGGAUAAUCCCGGUGCCAAACGAGUGCUGGAGCUUGACCGGUUUAAGGGGCAGCAGGGAAAGAAACAUUUCCAAGACUUCAUUGGCCACGGAUCUGACUAUUCACUAAGUGAGGCACUGUGGGUCUGUGCCAACCUCUUUAGUGAUGUCCAGUUCAAGUUGAGUCAUAAGAGAAUCAUGCUGUUCACCAAUGACGAUGACCCCCAUGGCAACGAUAGUGCCAAAGCCAGUCGGGCCAGGACCAAAGCCGCUGAUCUCCAUGACACAGGUAUCUUCUUGGACUUGAUGCACUUGAAGAAGCAUGGAGGCUUUGAUAUAUCCUUGUUCUAUAGAGAUAUCAUCAGCAUAGCAGAGGAUGAGGACAUAGGGGUCCACUUUGAGGAGUCGAGCAAGCUGGAAGAUCUGCUGAGGAAAGUUCGUGCCAAGGAGACCAGGAAGCGCACGCUCAGCAGGAUAAAGUUCAAGCUCAACAAAGACAUAGCGCUCACUGUCGGCGUUUAUAAUCUGGUCCAGAAGGCGUUUAGGCCUCCCCCUGUGAGGCUGUAUCGGGAAACAAAUGAGCCUGUGAAAACUAAGACCCGGACGUUUAAUGUAAACGAUGGCAGUUUGCUUCUGCCCAGUGACACCAAGAGGUCUCAGACCUAUGGGAGUCGUCAGAUUGUACUUGAGAAAGAGGAAACGGAACAGCUCAAACGGUUUGAUGAACCAGGUCUGAGUCUCAUCGGUUUCAAGCCAUUGGUCAUGCUAAAGAAGCACCAUUACCUGCGGCCCUCGCUGUUUGUGUACCCCGAGGAGUCCUUGGUGACCGGAAGCACAGCCCUGUUCAGUGCUCUACUCACCAAAUGCCUGGAGAAGAAGGUCAUGGCAGUGUGCAGAUACAUACCCCGCAAGAACAGCCCCCCUUACUUUGUGACGUUGGUGCCACAGGAAGAGGAGCUGGAUGACCAGAAAAUUCAGGUGACUCCCCCAGGCUUCCAGCUUACUUUCCUGCCCUAUGCCGAUGAUAAACGGAAGGUGCCCUAUACUGAAAAAGUCCUAGCAAACCCAGAGCAAGUGGACAAGAUGAAAGCUAUUGUCCAGAAGCUGCGCUUCAAAUACAGGAGUGACAGCUUCGAGAACCCAGUGCUGCAACAGCACUUCAGGAACCUGGAGGCCUUGGCGUUGGAUUUGAUGGAGCCCGAACAAGCUGAAGAUCUGACAAUGCCCAGAGUUGAAGAUAUGGAUAAACGACUGGGCUCCCUGGUGGAUGAGUUUAAGGACCUGGUCUACCCAACAGAUUACAAUCCUGGGAUGAAAACCACCAAACGCAAACAAGAUGAUGAAGGUUCUGGAAGCAAAAGGCCCAAGGUAGAAGUAUCUGAAGAGGAGCUGAAGAGUCACAUCAGCAAAGGCACCCUGGGUAAGCUCACUGUGCCCAUGCUGAAGGAAGCCUGCCGCGUGUAUGGACUGAAGGGCGGUCUGAAGAAGCAGGAGCUGCUGGACACACUCACCAGCCACUUCCAGGGCUGA